AUGUCGUCUCCUCCACCAGGAUUUUCGACAGGGGCCAGCUCUCCGCAGUUUGCUUCAGACCCAUCCACGCCAGCCACCGAGGCUGACGAUCCACUAGACCGUGACAUUGACGUCGACGUCGACGACAAUGUCGACGAGUACGUGCUCGUGACCGGCGGGCUCGGCUUCAUCGGCAGCCACACCUCACUGGAACUUCUGAAAGCCGGCCACAACAUCAUCAUCGUCGACAACCUGAGCAACAGCUACAGCGAAGUCUUCGACCGGAUCCUAGCCGCGGCAAAGCUGCACUACGAGCCACUGGGCCAACCAAUCCCCAAGGCCCAGCUCUGCCGCGCAGACUACCAGGAUGUAUCAGCUAUGGGCGUCCUGCUCGGCACGUACGCCCUGCGCGUUCCAGGCAGCACUAGCGCGCGGUCCCAGAUCACGGGCGUAAUUCAUUUCGCGGCCUACAAGGCCGUAGCCGAGAGCAUCAAGUACCCACUGAAAUACUACCAGAACAACGUUCGCGGACUGAUCGAUCUGCUCAGUCUGCUGGACGAGCACGGGAUCAAGUCGUUCAUUUUCUCGUCCUCGGCCGCCGUCUACGGCACGCUGGCGGACGAGACGCCGAAACUGCGCGAGGAAAACUGCGUGCACGAGCGCGUAACUUACAGCGGCGAGGACGGCGAGCACGUCAGCGUUGAACCGGGCUGCACGGGAAUCACAAACCCGUACGGCCGCAGCAAGUGGUUUGGCGAAGCCAUUCUCUCCGAUGUCUGCACGUCCGACCCGUCAUGGACGGUUCUGUGUCUGCGGUACUUCAAUCCCAUCGGGUGUGAUGCGUCGGGGUUGCUGGGUGAGGAUCCGCGAGACUGUGCUUCGAACCUGUUCCCCGCGGCUGUGCGGGCGUUGACGGGGCUGAGUCCCGAAUUGUGUAUCUACGGCACGGACUGGGAUACGCGGGAUGGAAGUGCGGUUCGGGAUUUCAUCCAUAUUACUGAUCUUGCGCGCGGGCACGUGGCGACGUUGUCUGCUGCGCAGGAGGGACGGAUUAGCGGGUCGUUUAGGACGUUCAAUCUUGGGACUGGGAGGGGGCAUUCGGUGCGUGAGGUUGUGGAGGCACUGGAGUCUGUUAGUCGAUUGCAGAUUCCGGUUCGGAUCGUCGGGAGAAGGCCCGGAGAUGUGGGUUCGUGCGUUGCGACGCCUGAUCGGGCGGCGCGGGAGCUUGGGUGGAAGACGGAGAAGUCGUUGCAGGAUGCUUGUGAGGACCUUUGGAAUUAUCUCAAUAGAAUAGACUCGGAUGAUGGUCGUGAGGCGAUAGAGGUUUGA